AUGCAGCGUCUUGUACCUUUCAUCCCAAGGAAUUUGAAAAUUGUGCUAAAAGAUCCACUGACCUACUUAAAACCUUUGUAUAUUGGAUGUUUUCGUCUGUAUCCUGGUGAUGAAUUUGGUCGAGGUGCAGGCAAGGGUGGGGGUGGUGGAGGUGCUAUUCGUGAUGCUGGCGGUGCCUUUGGUAAAUUGGAGGCGCGUAAUGAAGAGGAAUACUUUUAUAAAUUACAACAACAGCAACUUCGUGCUUUAAAGAAACACUUAGAAGAGGAACAUGAAAGAGAGGAGAAAGAAAUUAAACGACUUGAAGAGUCAAUUAAACGCCGUAAGAAAUUACUGUAUGAUCUUGAAAAGAAAGAUUGA